AUGUCUGAAUUAACAGAGGCGGAAAAGCGCAGGCUUCUAAGAGAAAGGAGACAAAAAAAGUUUAGCAAUGGAGGUGCCAGUUCCAGGCUGAAUAAAAUCACUGGACAGGCAAGCAGUCAUUUGAAUUCAGAAUCACCUUUGGAUGCUCCUAGUAUUGGGAAGACUACCCCAACCGAGGGUAUAUCUUCAGCCACCCCUGAUAUCAGAGAAGAGAGCAAGGUAGCACCUCAAUUGGAUCUAUUGAAACAGCUCGCUGCUAUGCAAGGACAAGGUACGGACACAAGCUCCUCCCAGGACCCUUCCACACCGGAUCUACUUUCAUUGUUAAGUUCCAUGAAUACUGGUAUGCCCAGUGCAGAGGGCAUACCACCUCUUGCUCAAGCGGCUCCUAUUGCCCCAAUCAAUCAAGCUGCCCUAGACUACCACGAUUACUUGCUGAAUAGACUGAAAGCCUGGACCAUUCUUGUGAAGUGGGUCUUUUUUCUGUUGCCUUAUCUAUACCUAAUCACGAGACCGAAUUCUUCAGUGUGGCCAGCUUAUGCAUUCACUCAAUCAUCUUGGUUUGCAUCCUUGCGGAACCCGUCGAAUUUUACUAGGGUUUUUGCCACAUUUGAAUUCCUUUCCAUAUCAGUCUACUACCAGUUAUUAAAGAAGGUCGAGCACAAGAGCAAGAUUAGAAAUUUACAGGAUACCAAUAAACUUGUCAAGCUGGUUUCUCUCGUGCCAGAGGGAAUAAUUCCCAUCCCAAACCUGAAGGGUAAACUAAUUGCCCUUUUACAAUACUGGGAUCUACUGUCCAUGCUUAUCACCGACAUUUCAUUUGUAUUGGUUGUGCUAGGCUUGUUGACGUACCUAUAA